CACUUCCGGGUAUUUUACAAUUUCCGGGGAUUUCCACGACGAAAAACAGCAAAAUAGUCAAAAUGUUGGAUUUCUUUACUAUUUUCAGUAAAGGCGGCAUUGUUCUUUGGUAUUUUCAAGGAACGUCGCAGAUAUUCACACAGUCGGUUAAUUCUCUUAUCAAAUCUGUGAUUUUGCAGGAAAGAACUGGUAGCAAUCAGUUCACACAUGAAGCACUCACUCUGAAAUACAAACUGGAUAAUGAGUUUGAGCUGAUUUAUGUUGUUGCUUAUCAGAAGAUACUGCAGUUAUCGUAUGUAGAUAAAUUUCUUGAUGCCAUUCAACUUGAGUUUAGAAACAAGUACAAAGAUGAUUUACAGAAUUCUGCCCUGUCCAGUAACUUUGAUUUUAGACAAGAUUUUGACCGAAUUUUGUUUGAAGUUGAACAUGCAGCCAAAAAGCAAAUACAGAAGGGAAAAGUGAUGAAGAGUUUUGAAGAGUCCGAGAAAAGCAAGAAGUCUGUGAAAUCUAUGAUAGAAAACAAGAAGGAAGAACCACCAAAGAAAUCUGGCAAGGGAAAAGAGAACAAACCAGUUAAAAAGACCCCAGUUAAAGAACAAGAAGUUAAGAAGACCUCCUCGGUACCUAUGGCAACCAGUAACACAAGUAACGGGGAGCUUGAUGAGGAGACCAUUAGGAAAAACAGAGAAAGGUUGUUUGGUCCUGCAAAGAAAAAGAAGUCUGCUGCAGAUGUGAGUAAAAGCCCGAAAAGUCCGGACAAUAACAAGAAGCGGGUAAAGGUUGGUACCAAAUGGGUCCUGGGUGGUACAUCAGAGGAUGCUAAAGAACUUGACUAUACCGACGGCACAGCUGACAACCUCGAUGUGAACGGUGUUGGCGUGUCCCUCAAGGAUGAAGAGCUUGACUAUGUUGGUAGAAUGAAAGGAGAGUUGAGGGAUGUUGAAACAGAGUCAGAGAGUGAAGAAGAGGAGGAAGAAGAAACUGUCACACAGAAAACUUCUAGUAAGAAGAGCAGUGGAGGAAUGUUCAGUAUGUUUAAAAAUCUUGUUGGCUCAAAAAUGUUGACAGAGGAAGAUGUUGCCCCUGUCCUGGACAAGUUUAGGGAACAUCUUGUGUCUAAGAAUGUUGCUGCCGAUAUUGCCCUCAAGCUUUGUGAAUCUGUCUCAGCUAAAUUGGAGGGAAAAGUUCUCGGAACAUUUAGCAGUAUCAACAGUACUGUGAAAACAGCUCUAACCGAGUCACUGGUACAAAUCUUGUCUCCAAGACGUCGUGUUGACAUCCUCCGUGACGCAAUGGACUCUAAACAGAAAAAACAACCCUACUGUAUUACAUUCUGUGGGGUGAAUGGUGUCGGAAAAAGCACAAAUCUUGCCAAGAUUUGUUUUUGGCUGAUAGAGAAUGGAUUUCGUGUUCUGAUAGCAGCAUGUGACACGUUUAGGGCGGGAGCUGUUGAGCAGCUUCGUACCCACACACGUAAACUGAACGCGCUACAUCCGGCCGAGAGACAUGGUGGGCAACAGAUGGUACAGUUGUACGAGAAAGGUUAUGGUAAAGAUGCUGCUGGGAUUGCAAUGGAAGCAAUAAAUUUUGCUCGAGAUUGCCAUAUUGAUAUUGUCCUUGUUGAUACCGCUGGACGGAUGCAGGACAAUGAACCUCUUAUGAGAGCACUUGCUAAGUUAAUCAAAGUGAAUCAGCCAGAUUUGGUGCUGUUUGUUGGCGAGGCCCUGGUAGGUAACGAGGCCGUUGAUCAGCUGACAAAGUUUAACCAGGCUCUCGCUGAUCACUCCAACAUGACCAAUCCAAGACUGAUAGAUGGCAUUAUACUGACCAAGUUUGACACUAUUGAUGAUAAGGUUGGAGCUGCUAUCUCCAUGACUUAUACCACAGGUCAACCAAUUGUAUUUGUUGGUACGGGACAGACGUACACAGAUUUGAGAAACCUCAACGCUAAAGCUGUUGUUCAUGCCCUUCUCAAGUAACAUUUCUACCUCCAUUGUAGAGAGUAGAUAAAAAGGGGAGAGUACUUAUCUCUCUGUGAGAAUUGGUAUACCUGUGACAUGACAUUUGUUUGACUUGCAGUAACUUUUAUCUUUCAAAUAUAUUCAAGCUUUCCAGGAAGCGUGCGUCUGCUCUUGUCGGCUGUUAAUGUCCUUUUGACACAAUUUGUAACCUGAAAAAGAGCAAAUGAGAGUAUUAAUAAAUUGACAGUUUUCUAAAAUAGAUAAAUCUUUUGAAGUAUCAAAUUCAUCUGCUUCAAUGAAAGUGCUUAUUAUUUAGUGUGUCCAUAAUUUCUGACUCUGGAAUAUAAAUUGUCAUUUCUGAAAAUGCUAUGUGAAUCUUUUAAUGGUUUGGUCAGUUGGAUUUUAAAGUCUAAAUUCCACUAGUCAUUUAAAAUGUGUAUUUUAUCUUUUUGCUACCUUGACUCGUGGGGAGGGGUGGGGAGGGGGACGUGCGAAUAAGUCUAGAAUUGGUAUUGUUUUCAUGCUUUAUUAUAUAAACUGUGCAAUCAUGUUACAUACAGUGUAUAUUUAUUCAGAUAUUGAUAUUUCUAAAGUUCAUUAACUUUUAUAUUUGAGAUUUUUGUUGAUACGUUUCCUAAAAAAAAAUUUAGGCCUAUCAGUGUUCUGGUUAUUACUUUUAAGAAAAGGUGUUUUUUUUUCCUUUUGAGUAAAUGGUUCAGGGUCAACAUGUGAUUUUUAAGAUUACUUUUAUUGUUUCAUUGUGCUUAUCUUGAAAUAAAAUAUUGUCAUGGCGAUAUAUUUGUCAUUAAAGUAUCAUACAUGUAUCAUUUCUUUUACGAGGUUCAUCAUGUCUUAUAUUAAAAGAGAUACUAACUCUUGCCACACUAAAGAUCUUAAAUAGACUUGUCCAUCUUUCCAUUUAUCAUUUUUAGGGGAGAAUUUCAAAAUGUAUACUGAUUGAAUAAGGAAUAAUGUAGACUAUGAUCAGACUGCAUGUCUGUGCCCUUUGAUCUUGGUCUGCACUAAUUGUAUGGUUAGAAUUUGUUUUCAACAGCUGGCUAAAGGCUAUAAGCUUGUUAUUUGUUAGCAGAAAAAAACACAAGGUAAUUGUUUCUAUAAAUCAAGAAAAUUGUCUUUUUUGUCAAACAUUUACUUUCUUGCUGAACUUGCAGUAUUUACAGCUUUAACAUUUAACCUUAAUUAAGAACUCCUUAGGUAAAAGUAGUGUUUUAGGCAAUAGUAGUGAUAUUGACUCACCUAUGCCACCACUAUAUUAGUGCAGGCUACUCUAUUCUUGUGGCAGCUCAAUUUUAUUAUUAAUAUUGGGAUAGUUAAAUCCUUGAAGUAACUUGGAAAGUUCCAAACUUAAUUUUGGAUUAAUCCAUUUCAAAUGUUUAGCGAUUUUGUACUCAAAGAGAUGAUUAUUACAUAAAAGUGUGAAGCAGAAAACCAGUAAAACUUUCAAAAUGAUUAAAGGUGUAAUUUUGCAAUUACCUUCUUUUAGAUCAUAAACUGUGUUUAAGUACUAUAUAGACUUGGUAGAAUGUUAAUCAUUUAUUUUGCUUGUAAAUAUCUGAAAUCUCAUUAUUUAUUGUAAAUUCUAUGUUAAUAUGUUGAUUUUAAAUGUUAUAUUUUAUGCUUUUUUUCCAUAAAUGAUGUAUGAUCAUAGUAGUUACAUUAUGUUAUCAGAUCAGAUAUAUGUUACAGGCUUUUCCUGCAUAAAACAGGGCCAGUUAUUAAUAUAAACACUUCUAGUGACGACAAUGUUAAUGAUGUGCCUUUCGUCGGCAUUCACAUUGAUGCCAACUUACUUGACUUUAAUACUGUCCUUUGCUCAUUCUUUUACUACUUUCAAAGUUUCAUAAUAAAAAUCCCUCUAUGGUUAAUAGGGCAUUCCCCAAAUUCACUAAAGGUGGAGUCCAUUUAAUAAAUUUAGGGGUUGAAGGUUAAUGUAUGACCUCAUUGGGCUAUUAUUCUCAUUGAGACAGUCACUUAACAUUUUGAGUAGUUGUGUACACUUGAAAUGAUAAAAAGGCCUAUGUCACUGGUGUACAAUCUGGUGAGCCUCACCCACUAAUUUUUGCAAUCUUACCAGAUCUUUUAUUGUUGGCUGUUUCAUUUAUUUAUUAUUGUAAUAGUAUGAUAUUGACAUACCUGAAGCUACUAAUGGACCGUUCUGAAUUCAAGUCCGGGCACAUUUUGCAGUGAUUCUGUUUAUUGCUCAGUAUAUCGUGUUAUGUUUUCACAUUAAAAUACCUGAAAUUUUAAUGGACUGUUCCAAAGUCAAAGUAGUGUGGACAAGUUGAUUACACAAAUUCUGUUUUAAGGGUUUUAAUUGUUGUAUAGGUUUAAUCCACAUUUUUUCACAUCUGUGCUGUAUAUUGAUAUAUAUCUAUAUUGUCUAAACUAUGGAAGGUCACAUUUGUAAUAUUUUAACAGAGACUUUUGUAACAUAAAGCUUCUUGACUUUAUUAUUGAUUGUAUGGAAGUUCACAUUUAUAAUACUUUAUUAUUAUUGAUUGUAUGUAUAAGAUGAAGAUGUUUUUCAUGUCACAGGUUGUUAUUUAAAUGCCAAGAGGUUCUGGAGAUUUUAAUGUUUAAAUAAAUCAUAUUUUAUACAUA